AUGGGUUGUUCUUCUUCUUCCAUGGUUUUUGUGGGUUCUUUGGAUAAAGAAUUAUCCAAGAGCACCGUGGGUUUUUCCGGGAUUCCAAUUGGUUUCGCAUUCCAUCCUUUUGACCGUAAUCUUGUCACCCAUUAUCUCUACAAGAAGUUGGAGGAGUGGGUGGCUCGGAAUUCAAUGGCUUGUCAAGAUAUUCACCUACGAGAAUCCCAAAUCCAAGGCUUAGAAUGGUGCUUGGAUGAUUCGAAAUACAUCCUUGUUGCUAAUGAUAUUGUCGGCACUCCUACCGCAACCGUUGUUUGCCAUUCGAGGAAGAAGCAACUCAUCGAAGACAGCCAUGUAUGA